AUGCCUUUGCUCAAGUCCGAGAAGGCUGCAAAUGCCAAGACUUGCCUCAAUCAGAACAAGCAGGGUGGCGGCAAGGAGUGUAGCAGACAAGGGACAAAGGGAGGAGGGCAUGAUGCAGCUCGGAGGAGCAAAGAGGGGCUAAUACAAGUGUCUGAGUGUAAUCUCGAUGAGGGCGAUCCUUUUUUUGACAGCUGUUCGAGGUGCAGCUUCGCUCUGAUGCAAUGGGUGAAGCUUCAAGAUUUUGCAGUACUUCUCCAGUGUCGAAUGACCAGAAAUGCCACAUGUGCGCUGCGCGUCGGUGCCUCGGAGACGCGCGUCGUGUUAUUACGUGUGGCGACAACAAACAGUACGGAGGCGACCAAGAUCACUCUCCUCUCCAGAGGCUUCCAUUCUAGAAGCUUCCUCUUGACCGAUAUGUCCGAGCCAUAUCGGGUUACCGGUCUUAACGAGCCGAUAUGCCCGAUAUCUCCUAACAGAAUGAAACUGUCAUGGGUGAAGCAUGACUGUCGACUUCCAUGGACGACCGUUCUGAACGCAAGGAGGUCUGGCUCGAGAAUCUCGACAACGAUCGCCGACUGCUGUCACACUGUCGCUCUGGCGCAACACUUGCCCUCCACGCUGUCAAAGUCAACUCCAAGGUGCGACUGUUACACACCACUGUCUGAAAGUCUCCGGUCGACAGCCAAGUUGCAGCCUGAAUCUGCGUGGUAUGCCUAUCGGGAUCCGUCUGCCCGAUCACGAGGCUCAAUCUUGACAUGUCUGUCCGAUCUAGGACCCGGCAUCACUUGGCCUUCAACCGCUCGAGCAGGUGAAGAGCAGAUGCUGGCUCGUGAGUAA